CAAACUCACACAGUCUCAAUUGGAAUUACUCCAAUUAAACUGGCUUAAAGUAACCCCAUCUGCAAGGUUUUGAUGGGAAAGAGAGAGCAAAGUGUAAAAAAUGUCAAAAUUCUUUUGUUGCCGGGUCUAAUGGCACUACUUCUUUGUUGCGUCAUAGAGCAAAAUGCCAUGAGGUUGCCAAUGAAAUUGUGUCUCGUCAGCCUUUAGAUCAAGCUACGUAUAGGGAAAUGGUUGCAUUGACAAUCAUUAGGCACAACAAUGAGUCAACUUAUUGGCUCAGAUUCAAGCAAGCCACAGUUGGAUUUAUACUUUGAAGAGGCUCGAUUUGACUAUAAGUUGCACGAGGAUUUGAAUGUUAUGGGGUAUUGGAAGUCUCACAGUAAUCGUUUCCCAGAACUUUCCUUGAUGGCACGUGAUAUUUUGAGCAUUCCCAUUACUACUAUUGCCUCGGACUCUGCAUUCAGCAUUGGUGGCCGCAUUCUUGAUAAGUUUUGCAGUUCUCUUUUGCCACAAACUACAGAAGCUUUGUUAUGUGCUCGUGAUUGGCUAUAUGGAGUACCAGCUGUACAUGAUUUUGAGGAAGAAAGCCUUGUGGAGGAUUUUGGCAACUUGUGCCUAUCUCAAUCUAGUUCAUAUGUUGAUGAGGAUUAGGUGAAAGGAAGCUAUUUUAAGAUGGCCAUUGCUUCCAUUGUUCACCUCUAUGUAUUUCCGGCAAAACCUUAUGAGCUAAUGGGAACUGCUUCACUGAAAAUAUUUCAGUUCUUGGAGACUAUUUUACUGACUGUCCUUUUGAGUUUGAUGUGAUGUUUAAGUUAUUUAUUUUUCAUAAAGUCAGUGUUAACUAAUAUCUCUAGUCAUAUUUGAUUUAUUCAUAGACAUUUUUUCUUGUACAUUUUCCAGAAAUUGGACAGAGAAAUUGCUCAGUUUGUUGGCUUAGAGUUUGGUCAUUUUUGAGUGUUUGUUUCCAACAUUAUCUAGAACAUGUAAGAAUUAUGGCAGGACAUCUUUUGCUUCAUGUUUUGACUUCCGUCAUCUAAUGAAAAUUUUCCUUGGUUUGGUAA